AUGGAAUCAACUGACUCCACACGCUACGAGAAACUAUCCUUAAACACUCGGCCUCGAACGUUGUGUAUUUCACAUCUAAACGUUAACGGUUGGACUGCCCGGAAUCACGAAUUACGAGAGAAACUUAUAACAUUUGACAACUCUGACAUUAUCUGUGUAAAUGAAACCCAUCUUCAAGUUCAUAAAACUAUAGACAUAAAAAACUAUCGUUUUUAUCCAUUUAAUAGAGAAAGCACUCACGUUAAAGCUGAAAAACCUUCACGAAUUUUGAACGGCUUCAAAACUGUUGUCAUAGAUAAAUUAAUGAUUGGAAUAUUAGUGUUAUCGUUCGAACAUAAAGAUACCAACUUUAAGUUUGUGCUGUUUAGUGCAUAUUUACUACCUGAAAAUUCACAAUGGGAUACUCGAUUCUGUGUAUUGAAUGGGCGAUUUGGUCAUUUUUUCAGCUCAGUUAGUCCAAAAGAAUACUGUUCAGGAGUAUGGGGUUUUAAGCAAUUUCCAAAGAUAGAACAAAUUCAAAAUCGUGCUAUAAGAUAUUUCCUGGGUCUUCAUAGGUUUACACCAAAAGCCGCACUAAACGGAGAUAUGGGAUGGCUGCCUCCACAUGUAAAACGAUGGCUUAAUAUGCUGAAAAUGUGGAAUAGGAUCAUUCAAUACGACAUGACAGUUUGCUUACAGAUGUGUUUGAAUAUGAUUAUCAAUGUGAUAAUGGAAACUGGUGCUCAGAUUUAA